AGGUGGAAGUGCGAGGAGACACAUUUUACUCAAAAGAAGUCAAAAAAGUCAUGAUCAAAGCCUAUGAUCCUCUGACAUUCAUCCAAACAGAUAAACCCAUCUACCUUCCUGGGCAAAAAGGCCACGAGAUGCUGUUGCCUGUGACAACACCAAGGAGGAUGUGUUGCAAAAGGACGCGUAAACAUGGCAACCACAGAGGAGUUUGUGCCAGGCUAAUGGCUAACCCACACAAGCUGGUAGUUCCAACAGUCACUCUGACUUGUACAAAGUCACCCCCUUCCUCAUGUUUGCAACUCUGAUGACCUAGCAGAGCUGCUCAGACCUGUACAGACCCAAGGUGAAACAACAGAGACCUGCCAUUAGAAAAGUCAGAGUCGGGUCACAGAAUCCUACUCCCAUACUGCAGGACUGCCUUGAGACAACACAGUGGGAGACCUCCAAAGAGGUAGCAACAAAUGACCAGGGACUUGACCUGGAGGCCACUGAAUCCCACUGAAUCAGUCAUCAGCUACAUGUAAGCUAAAUGUAUUGACAACGUGACAGUUGUCAAAACCAACACGUCGCAAUAACGGAAAACCCUGGAUGUAUACUGAAGUGUGUGCGCUACUGAGAGCCAGAAACACAGCAUUUAUGUCAGGAGAUGCAGCAGCAUACAGACUGGCUAGGAGGAGCCUGCUAUGUGGCAUUAGGGAGGCAAAGAGGCAGUAUAGACAGAAACUUCACAUCCAUUUAAUUAAUACAAGGGACAUCUGUCGGCUGUGGUAAGGCUUCCACUCUCUGACUGACUACAAGCACUCCCUCCCACAGAAAUGCCUCAAUGAUCCUGCCUGAUGAACUCAACCGUUAUAUUAGUCAGUUUGAGGCAAGUAACACCACCCAGGCACGGAGACUCCCCCCUUCAACUGGCAAUCAGAUCCUGCAGCUGUGAAGAAGAUCUUUGCUUGCAUUAACCCAUGGAAAGCUGCUGGACCCAACAACAUCCCUGGGCGGGUCCUGAAGUACUGUGCUGAGCAACUAAAAGAUAUGGUCACAAACAUCUUAAACACCUCGCUCAGCCAGGCAGCGGUACCCACAUGCCUGAAACGAGCUACCACCAUCCCUGUGCCAAAGAAGCACAAUCCUGCUGAUGUAAAUGACUACUGCCCCAUGGCACCCACACCAGUGCUGAUGAAGAGCUUUGAGACAUGCAGCACAUAAAAUCCUGCCUCCCUGCCAAACUGGACCUCCUACAGUUUGCCUACAAAGUAAACUGUUCCACUGAGUAUGCCAUCUCCACCACACUCCACCUCAUCCUGUCCGACCUGGAGGAUAAAGACACCUGUGCCAGAGUCCUCUUCAUUUACUCCAGUUUGACGUUUAAUAAUAUAAUUCCACAGCAACUUGGUGGAGAAGCUGAGGUUGCUGGACAUCAACACUGGCAUCUGCAGCUGGGUCCUCAUCUUCCUGAUGCAGCGGCAGCAGUCAGGGUGGGACAAAGAACAUUCAGCUCCAUCGUGGUAAACACAGUGUCCCCUCAGGGCUGUGUCCUGACUUCCCUCCUGUUCAGCCUGCUUACCCAUGACUGCACUGCCACCCACGCCACCAACCAUAUCUUUAAGUACGCAGAUGACAUGACUGUGGUGGGCCUCAUUAAGAACAACAAUGAGGUCACAUACAGAAUGGAGGUGGACCAGUUCACAUUGACAUGCAGGUUCCACAACCUAUUUCUUAACAUAGAAAAAACAAAGGAGAUGGUGAUGGAUUUCAGAAAAUCUGGCAAACCGGCCUACAGUCCUCUGAUCAUAUUGGGGCUGCUGUGAGAGGGUCAGCAGUGCCAAGUUUCUUGGAGUCCACCUGGCAGAGGACUUGACCUUCACCACCAAUACUGCAGCAUUCGUCAAGAAGGUCCAACAGCUGCUACAUCCGCUUAGGAGACUCAAGAAAGCAGGUCUUCCCACUGUCCACUUAACCACCUUCUACAGAGACAACAUUGAGAGCAUUAUGACCUACAGUACAGCCUCACCUCCUUGUUUGCCAUGGGAAACAUCAAGUGAAUAGGUUGAUGAAGAUGGCCAGAAGAAUCAUAGUGAAUUUCAGAGUCGUCACAAUGGAUACUAAGAUGCGACCUGUCAAUCAGCUGUACGAUGUCAUUGAACUCCAGGAUCCUAAUGGUAACAGGGUUGGACAGUGGCUAAAUGAAACAUCCAACGGUAAAAUAUUGCAGCUUUCUUAUUCCUUGGACACUGAGUCUCGUGAGGGACCAUAUCAGAUAAUUGUGUCAGUGGGUGAGAAUAAAGUAUAUCACAGCUUCGAGGUGGAAAAGUAUGUUUUGCCUAAAUUUGAUGUGACAUUAAAUGUACUUGAAGAAGUGAGUAUUGGGCAGAAAGAAAUUGAAGCUGAAGUGUGUGCAAAGUAUACAUAUGGACAGCCUGUACGAGGACGUGUUACAGUUAAUGUGUGCCGACCUGUUAUGCAGUUUAGCACCCUUCCUGUCAGAGCCAAUCCCUGCCACACAGAGACAAAGCAGACAGACAAAACUGGCUGUACAACAUUUUCCUUCAAGAUGUCAGUUUUUACCAAAAUUGACCAAAUGGUGCUUAAAGAUGUUCUGGAUAUCAAGGCCAAAGUGAAAGAGGAUGGAACAGGUAUUUCCCGCCCUCAAGAGAAGAGAAUACAGAUUUCUUAUGUCCUUGGAAAGGUGUCUUUUAUUGACAUGCCCAAGUUUUGGGAACGCGGUUCAAAUGUGGAAGGAAAAGUCAAAGCAGUUUACCACAAUAAUGCACCAAUUUAUGACACACCUGUGUACCUGUUUGUGGGAUCAAGGUGGGAAGCACGCUCACUACAAAAUCUUAGAACUGACAGCAAUGGCGUUGCCUCAUUUUCUUUCAACACAGAUGGCCUCACUGGGGAUAUCCAACUCCAUGCAAGCCUGACAUCAACAUUGGACACCCAAGAAGAUAGAACUGUGUACUAUGAGACUGGAGAUCACACACUACCCAUGUUCCAGCCUUCUUCUCCUGAUGGUAAAACAAUCAGCUCUCUGGAGGUAAAGAAGAAGGAUAAACCUCUUCCCUGUGACACAGAAGAGGAUAUAUAUAUCCAGUACACUAUAGUGGGAGAAGCCCAGGGCUCUGUGGAUGUGAUGUAUCUGGUCUUGUCCAGAGGAGCUGUCACCAUGCAAGGACUUGAACAGGUCAAAGUGCCAGAUAGAUCUGUGACUGAGGGUCAGGUAUCCUUUAAAUUGAGAGUGUCUCCUGAGGUGGCACCAGAAGUCCAGGUUGUGGCUCAUGCCGUCCUGCCAAGCAAAACCGUAAUUGCCCACAGUGCUGACUUCUCCACUGAUAAAUGCUUCAGAAACAAGGUGUCACUGGAGUUUUCACCAUCAUCAGCUGUCCCAGGUGAAGAGACCAACAUGCAGAUGACAGCCCUGCCACACUCUCUAUGUGGUGUGAGUGCCAUCGACAAGAGUGUUCUCAUCAAGGAGCCAGGGAAGACCCUGAAUGCAGAUAAGAUAUUUGACCUGUUCCCCCUCAAGAAAUCUUCUCAUGUCCCACAUGAGGUUAAAGAUGCUACAGAAUGCUUACAUUGGAGACCAUAUCCAGAUCAAAGGAAUGAUGAUGCCUAUGCUGUUUUCCAGAAAGUCGGACUGAAGAUGGCAACAAAUGUGUUUAUUCCAUGCUUCGAGGAACACGUAUACUAUUAUGACUUCAUGGAAGAAUCAGAAUAUGUUUUAUAUGAUUAUGUUGAUUCUGGUCACGAACAACUUCCUCCUGAACCUCCACCAGUGGAGACAGUUCGCUCUUUCUUCCCUGAGACUUGGAUAUGGGACCUGGUGGAAGUUGGAGACAAUGGGAAAACGGAUGUGCCCUUGACUGUCCCAGACACCAUCACCACCUGGGAGACAGAGGCUUUCUGUUUGUCCUCACAAGGAUUUGGUUUGGCCCCUCGUAAAGAAAUGAAAGUCUUCCAACCUUUCUUCCUUGAGCUCACAAUGCCCUACUCCAUCAUCCGGGGGGAGCAGUUUGAACUGAAGGCAACUGUCUUCAACUACCUGACCAGUUGCAUCAUGGUCACUGUCACUCCUGGGCAUUCCUCAGAUUACACCCUCAAACCUCUCUCUGGUGACCUGUACACAUCCUGUUUGUGUACCAAUGACCGCAAGACCCUCAGGUGGAACAUGAUCCCAACAGCCUUAGGGGUUGUGAAUGUGACUGUGUCUGCUGAGGCGGUGGCAUCCCAUGUUUCAUGUGGUAAUGAGGUUGUGAGCGUUCCUGAAAGAGGUCGCAUCGAUAUGGUCACAAAAUCUCUCAUAGUAAAGGCUGAGGGAACUGAGAUGACAAAGACGUACAACUGGCUGUUUUGUCCAAAAGGAGACACACUUGCAGAGGAAACAGAGAUACAACUGCCUGAGAAUGUGAUUGAAGGAUCUGCCCGCACUUCUGUAUCAGUCCUGGGUGAUAUCCUCGGACGGGCUCUGAAGAACCUGGAUGGACUACUACAGAUGCCAUAUGGAUGUGGGGAGCAGAACAUGGCUCUCCUAGCCCCCAACAUCUAUAUCCUCCAUUACCUGAAAGGCACAGAGCAGCUCACCCAGGCCAUCAUGGAAAAAGCUGCCAACUUCAUGACCAGUGGAUACCAAAGACAGCUCAACUAUAAAAGUUCUGAUGGCGCUUAUACCACAUUUGGAACAGGACCAGGAAACACUUGGCUGACUGCUUUUGUGGUGAGAAGUUUUGCCAAAGCUCAGUCCUUCGUCUACAUUGAUCCAAGAAAGAUCGAAGAGUCUAAAACCUGGUUAGAACAUAAACAACAAGAUAAUGGCUGUUUUGAAAAGUCAGGGAAACUCUUCCACAACAGAAUGAAGGGUGGUGUAUCUGAUGAAGUGACUCUCAGCGCAUACAUCACUGCUGCCUUCAUGGAAAUGAAUAUAUCCCCAAAAGAUCCUGUGGUCUACAAGAGCCUGGCUUGCCUCAAAGAAUCCAUCAGUGACCUCAGCAACACCUACACUACAGCUCUGCUGGCGUACGUCUUCACCCUGGCAGGAGACAUGGAGACCCGUGCUCACCUUCUGCAGCACUUAGACACAGUUGCAGUGAAGGAAGGAGGUUUCCUCUACUGGUCUCAGACAGCAACAGAAACAUCAGCCUCUCUGUCAGUGGAGAUCAGUUCUUAUGUGCUGCUGGCCAAACUCAGUGCCUCCCCAACUGUUGAGGACCUGGGCUAUGUCUCUGGUAUUAUCAGGUGGCUGACUGGCCAGCAGAACUACUAUGGAGGCUUCUCAUCCACUCAGGACACAGUGGUGGCUCUUCAGGCUCUGGCUCUCUACUCCACUCUGGUGUUCAGUCCUGAGGGUUCAAGCACAGUGACCGUUCAGACUCCCAGCAGUCAGCUGACAUUUGAUGUAAAUCAGGACAAUAAACUGCUCUACCAGGAGAAGACGAUGCAGGACGUGUCAGGAAAAUACAGCCUGGAGGUGAAGGGCACUGCAUGUGCUUCAAUGCAGAUUUCUGUUCACUAUAACAUCCCAACUCCUACUGAUGUCACCACUCUCAGCGUGAAGGUCAAACCAGAGGUCGACACGAGUGAAUCUCCCAGACCCAAACUCACUCUGAAACUAAAAUCCCUAUACAGUGGAAAGGAGAGCACUACAAACAUGGUGAUCCUGGAUAUCAAAAUGCUCUCUGGAUUUGUCCCAGACCCAGAGUCUUUGAUGAUACUCAAAGGUGCCCUGAUGGUGGAUCGUGUUGAACAAAAGGAAGAUCAUGUUCUUGUGUACUUACAGGAGUUACUAAAGGACACCCCCAUCAGCCACAGUUUAGAGAUCAUACAGGAGCUCCCAGUGGACAACCUGAAGCCUGCUGUGGUCAAGAUCUAUGACUACUACCAGCCAAGUGACCAGGCUGAGACAGAAUACAUUUUCAUCCCUCAAGGUACAGUUUGGUUGGUCCAGAGGGCAUCGCUCAGCCUAAAACCUUUAUUAAAGAUGCUUUUUGUGCUCACAUGUGUCUCGAUGCAUUUUUGUGUUAUCAGCUCUUAGAGGUCUUCACUACUAUUAAUGUUUAAUAUUCUUUUAUAAUAAAAUCUGCAUCCAACAAGUUGACAGGACAUCCUUGUGACUGCAUGUUCAAAAGAGCCAUAUUCAUGACUCCACAGUUUAAAUAUCUUGUUGUUUAAUCAUUAGAAAGUUUCUUACAGUUUUAAUAUAUCAAAAUCAAUAUAUUUCAAGUUUAUUGACUGAUCACUGAUUCAGUAGCAGCAGAGUCUACUCAAUCAUCAACCUGUUCUACAACCUGGAGAGUUAAUAAUGGUAAACAUCUGUAUG